AUGGCUGAUGCAAGCAACGUUAAUGAUAAUGACGAUGUGGCUAGACAAGAAGCGUUCGAGAACAAAGUUACGGAAGUAGCGGAAGGAGUUAUGCAAGCCAAUCUUCCACGGUUGGCUCAAGAGGUAGAAAGCCGAGUUCUGGGAGUUGUGGAUGCUAUGAUGACCAGUAAGAUCGAGGAAUUGAAAGAACUAAUUGAGGGGUCUAGAAGUAAAGGCAAGGAACGACGAUGCACGUAUAAAGACUUUAUGGCGUGCAAUCCGGCAACGUAUGAUGGUAAAAUUGAUCCGAUCGCAUGCCAAAGAUGGAUUUCAAAUAUAGAAGCGGUGUUCAUUCGAAGUCGUUGUGAUAACGAAGAUAAGGUGAUGUUCGCCACCGGCCAACUCACUUUUCAGGCAAAAGAUUGGUGGGAUGCACACAGUAAAGAGAUAGGUGAAGAAAGGCUCCAAACAAUGACCUGGCAAGAGUUUAAGGAUCCUUUCAUGAAAUAUCACUGCCCUCAGUCCGCCGUUGAUAAGAUUCAAGAGGAUUUCUUACGCCUCCGACAGAAGAACGAGACGAUAAAUGAGAUAUCAAGCACCUUCUUGGAUAAGAUGAAGUUUUGUGGAGAGUUUGUGCAAACUGAAAGGAUGAAGAUUAACCGCUUUUAUGGCGUGUUAAAGGCAGAAUUUAGGGAAUUCAUCACUCCCUCGAAGUGUGAGACUCUUGAUGAGCUCAUCAAUCUAGCGCGGGAUAGAGAAAUUGAGAUCAAGAGGCAAGAAGAGCGUGGAGAAAAGAGACCCAAUGAAAAAGGUGGAAAUUCGACCCCGACCAAAAAGGGGAAGUAUCAAGAGCAAGGAAGAAAGGAUAAGUCGAAGAGUGGUAUCACGCCGUGCAAGACUUGUGGAAAACUUCAUACGGGGGAAUGUUUGUUAGGCAAGAAAGAGUGUUACAAAUGCGGUAAGGAGGGACACUCAUCUUAUCAAUGUCCGAGUAGCCCAAAAACUUGUUUCAAUUGUUUCGAAAAGGGGCACAUCAAAUCUGAGUGCCCGAAACUCCAGCAAGAGUCGAAGAAGGAAGAUAAGAAACAAGAAGGUUCUAGGGCCAAGGGUAGAAUGUUCCAAAUUACAUCCGAAGAAGCCAAGUCUCACCCGAAUGUGAUUUCAGGUAUCUUUUUACUAAACUCCAUACCGGUUUAUGUUCUAUUCGAUACUGGAGCUACUAUGUCAUUUAUUUCGAAUGAAAUUAUACAACAUCCGUCCUUUAAGUUCGAACGAAUGCCAAUGCCUUUAGAAGUAGAAAUAGCCGAUAGCAAGAUGUAUAUGUUACAUGAGGUUUGUAGAAAUUGUAAAUUCACUGUAGAAGAUGAAGAAUUUGACAUCGACCUGAUACCCAUGGUUUUGGGGGAGUUCAAAAUGAUCGUGGGGAUGGAUUGGUUGGCGCGACACCAUGUGGAGAUUAACUGUGAAACCAAGGUAAUGGUUAUUCAAGCUCCAAGUGGAAAGCAAUUAAGUAUUCAAGGAGAGAGAAACGUGGAAACUAAGUUGUGUACCUUGGUCCAAGCUUAUAAGUACGUACUUAACGGGAGUAGAGCAUACUUAGCUUAUGUAGGAGAUGCCCAACAAACUCUCCCGAAGCUUGAAGACGUUGAGGUCGUGAACGAAUUUCCGGAUGUAUUCCCGGAAGAAUUGCCGGGACUUCCUCCCGAAAGGGAGAUAGAGUUUCGCAUCGAAUUAAACCCGGACGCGAAGCCAGUUGCAAAAGCUCCCUAUAGACUUGCUCCCUCCGAGAUGCGAGAACUGAUGACACAGUUGCAAGAUCUUCUAGAUAAAGGCUUUAUACGCCCAAUCAUGUCGUUCGGAUUGACGAACGCGCCGGCUGCGUUUAUGGAUCUUAUGAACCGGGUGUGCCGACCCAUGUUAGACAAAUCGGUAAUCGUGUUCAUAGAUGAUAUCCUAGUCUACUCGCGAAGCAAAGCUGAGCAUGCAAGGCAUUUGCGUGAAGUACUCGAAAUUCUCCGCAAGGAGAAACUUUACGCAAAAUUUUCAAAAUGCGCCUUCUGGCUCAGGGAAGUGCAGUUUUUAGGCCACGUGAUUAAUGCGGAAGGUGUUUUAGUGGAUCCAUCAAAGAUUGAUGCUGUAGUAAGAUGGCUUUCCCCAAAAAGCCCGACUGAAAUAAGGAGUUUCCUAGGCCUCGCGGGAUACUAUAGGCGGUUCAUACAGGAUUUCUCAAAGAUAGCUCUACCCUUAACCAGGCUGACGAGAAAGAAAGAAAAGUUUGUGUGGGGUAAGGAACAGGAAGAGGCCUUUCGUAUACUAAAGGAGAGGUUGUCGAGUCCUCCGGUCCUGACAUUACCAGAUGGAACUGAAGACCUGGUUGUUUAUUCAGAUGCUUCACACCAGGGGUUAGGUUGUGUUUUGAUGCAAAGGGGAAAGGUUAUUGCAUAUGCUUCGCGGCAAUUAAAGCCUCACGAGGUAAACUACGCAACACAUGAUCUGGAAUUGGCAGCGGUAGUGUUCGCCUUAAAAGUCUGGAGGCACUACCUAUACGAUUAUGAUUGUGAUAUCCUCUAUCACCCGGGGAAAGCAAACGUGGUAGCCGAUGCGUUAAGCCGAAAAGAGUAUCCGUCUCCUCUCUGUGUAAAGUCCAUGAAGAUGAUAGUUAUGCCACGAUUGUUCGAAACGAUACGUGAAUCUCAAAUAAAGUCUCUUGGAGAAGAAGACUUAAAGAAAGAAAGAUUAAAAGGCGUAAUUGAUAAAUUAGAAGAAAAUUCGACCGGACUCAAAACGCGAUUCGGCCGAAUCUGGAUACCCCGAUUUUGUGAAGUCAAGGCCGCACUACUCGACGAAGCACAUAAGUCACGUUAUUCGGUCCACCCUGGGGCUACAAAGAUGUAUCGAGAUCUAAAAACCAAUUAUUGGUGGCCGGGCAUGAAACGCGAUAUCGUUAAGUAUGUCGCAAAAUGCUUAACGUGCUCUCAAGUGAAGGCGGAACACCAAAAGCCCUACGGGGAAUCACAACUCUUGGGGAUACCGUUGUGGAAGUGGGAGGAACUAACAAUGGAUUUGGUAACCAAGCUUCCAAGAACGAAAAAGGGGCAUGAUACAAUAUGGGUAAUCGUAGAUCGACUUACGAAAAGCGCCCAUUUCCUACCCAUUAAAGAAGCUUAUUCUUCCGAAAAGAUGGCGGAGGUCUACAUGAACGAAGUCGUAUCUCGACACGGGGUGCCCGUGUCAAUCAUUUCGGAUCGUGAUACUAGAUUUACCUCUCGCUACUGGCAAAGAUUUCACGAGAGUGUGGGAACGAGUUACCACAGUGGCAUUAAAAUGGCGCCGUACGAAUUACUGUAUGGGAGAAAAUGUAGAACUCCCGUAUGUUGGGGUGAAGUAGGGCAAAGGGAGCUCGCACCAAAUGAUUUAAUAGCAUUGACAAAUGAGAAGAUUGAAUUGAUUAGAGCUCGUUUGAAAGCAGCCCAGGAUCGGCAAAAAGCUUAUGGAGACAAAAGGAAGCGUCCUAUUGAAUUUCCAGUUGGAGAUUUCGUUUUAUUGAAGGUGUCACCAUGGAAAGGCAUAAUCCGUUUUCGUAAACGGGGUAAAUUAGGCCCUCGGUAUAUUGGGCCGUUUAAAAUCUUGGCUCGUGUUGGAAGGGUUGCAUAUCGAUUAGAAUUACCGCCUACUCUAGACGGAAUUCACAAUACCUUCCACGUGUCGCAAUUAAGAAAGUGUCUUGCGGAUGAAACCGCGUUAGUACCUCUUGAUGACAUUGAGUUAGACGAAGGGUUAAAUUAUGUCGAAAGACCGAUGGCCAUUAAAGAUGUCAAGGUGAAGAAGCUGCGCAACAAGGUUGUCCGACAAGUGUUGGUGCAAUGGCAGCACCGAAAAGGGUCGGAGUUUACAUGGGAAGCGGAAGACGAGAUGAAGAAGCAUUACCCGUUCCUUUUUGGUGUAAAGGAAGAGGGCUCGGGUUCUAAGAAGUCGGAAAGCUCGCAAGACAAAGGUAAAUCCUCGACUUAG